GGAGGUUUGGAACGCAGAAGACUGAAGUCCAAUAUAGUGCAGUAGUUGUAAUAGCUACACGUAUUAGGGACUUCGGUCUUCAGCUGCGUGGGGUCGUGAAUAUUACUGUGCAGGUGCCUGGACUGGUAGCAUGGCAAAGGCGGUAACUACAGUGGUUAAUGUCCUGGAAUCAUACAGGGGCAGAGACAGGAUGAUACGGACGCUAUGUUAUGGCUGCCAGCUGCUUGGCGGAGCCAUUACACAGAAGUAUGGAGAGAAGCAGCAGUGUGGAAUGAGCCUUCUCAUUGUGGCGUCUCAGCUGAGCCACUGCAGGACGGUACUGAGAUUAUUUGAUGACCUGUCCAUGGUGGCCUACUCACUUCAGUAUGGUCUAGGAAAGAAGGAAAAAGACUGUCUCAUCAGGUGGAUCUCUGUCUUGGGCAACCUAUUUGACCAGCUAUACUAUCCAUGUGAGCAUAUGGCCUGGGCAGCAGAUGCUGGAGUUAUUCACAUCAAGUCUGAUAAGUGGUGGACAGCCAGCACAGCCUUUUGGGGUCUUUCACUUAUGGUGGGAAUUAUACGAUCUUUAAGAACGUUACUAAAGCUAAGAGGAAGCAAAGGAAAACAUUCCAAGGGUGAUCAUCCAAAGAGCCGAGGAGAAAUUAAGUUCCAGAUGAGAUCAGAACUUUUGUGCAUUGUCAGCUGUCUCUCUGAUCUAGUUAAUGCUAUUCACUGGAUGCCCCCUGGUUUUCUUUGGGGGGGAUGCUCUCCCACAUGGUUAGUAGGUCUGAUGGGAACAAUUUCUUCAGUAAUUGGAAUCUACCAGACUGCUGUUGGCGGAAGUUCUGCUGGAGUAUAAAGUCAAAGGCAGAGAGAGAGAAGAGGACACAGUGGAUGACGAUUUCCUACUGCCCAAUUGCAAUAAUGUCAUGCUAGUCAUGGACUCUAGGCUUGGGGUUUGUGAUUAAAAAGGUUGUCCUGGACUAGAAAAACAUGCUUUUUCCCAGAAACAACAUCACUCCUGUCCACAGGUUAUUUUUGAUAUUACUGCUCUGCUUCAUUAAUGCGAAUUCAGUUGAGCUACAAUACUACACACAGACUGUGGACUGGUGUGGUGCUGUUUUUGGAAGAAAUGUGCCAUCAUUUUCUGAUUAUGGACAACCCCUUUAAGUUGUUAGUCUCUGGCUUAGUAUUCUUAUUUCUGGACUUAGAUUAAUGCUUACUUUAGUCAAAUCGUACCUACUAAACAGAAUCUGUCGAUUUUACAUUGUUAUCUAUGCUAUAGAUUAUGGGUCAGCAACGUUCGGCACCCCAGCUGUAGUGAAACUACAACUCUCAGCGUGUUUCCUUGUCUGUUCUUGGAAGUUCCAUAGAAGUUAAUGGAGCAUGCUGGGGGCUGUAACUCUCACUUUCUCAAUCACAGGAUGUCAGCCGUAUUUAUGGAUUCAUCUUCCCUAUACUGAGGUCCCCUGAAGAACUAAUAAUUAACUGGGGAAACAUGUCAGCUAUUCUAAACAAGUUGGUCACAUGCAGGGCAAGGCCAACCAAAAGUAGGGUCACCCUUGGGGGAGGUGCGUUAGCUUUAGCAGAAUUAUAUGCUAAGAUUCAUCAGUUCUGGGCUCCUGAUGCCAGAACGAUUUGACUCCACAUGACUGAACUGUAAGACAGGCCAGGGGCAUCCACUGGAUGCUGUGACCUCAUUAGUGUGUAAUUCCAGCCAUCAGAUAUCGUGUUCCCAAAGUGACUGCUGCUCAUUAUCGUUUAUGUCAUAUCAGUAACACUGUUUAAAAGUUUUGGAUAUUCUUUUACCUGUUGUAAUAAAAGUCAGGUUCUGUGCUGUGAUGACAUGCUGGGGGUUGCUGACCCCUGCUAUAGAUUCCAUGUAUCCUACACCCUCUUGUAAGGAAUGGACGGAUUUUUCAGUAGGAAUCAUGGCUCAGUACAUACGUGACUAGGAUACCUUGAGAGAUUUACUUGAAUAUUGAAAUCGGAUGAGACCACUUGAACGCGGUGAGUGGUCAUAAUAUAGGAUAUUUUUGUCACUGCUUUGCACAUUGUCCACUUGAUUGGAAUAACUGACAUAUUAUAUCUCUGUAUUGAUAAUCCAUUUUUUAAGCCUUGGAGAUCAGAGACUACAUUGGGCACUAGACCUGCACUAUGACAUGUUCUGAAUACUAUACUGCUGUGGUAAGCUGUAGUAGGCACCCCCUUAUACACUGGAAAUUAGAACGACAUUCAGUUAUUAAAUUUGUUUAAAAAUAUAA